GCCGAGCGUCGUGAGUUUUACGUAGCAGUGUAAUAAAUACAUUACAUAGUAUAAAAUAUCGUUUACAACUGAAUAAAAACAAUAAAUCACAAAUAAAAAUGUUAAAUGACACAUAAAUGAAUAAAAGAAAUAACUAAAUAGUUUACAAAGAAAUCCAAAAGUGCAAUUUAGUUUGUUCUACCAAUGUUUUGUUAGCUGCUUCUAAUAAGUUUUGACAUUCACUUUAAAAAUUUAAAAUGUUGAGUCCGGAGGAAUAUAUUUUGGAUUUUAAAGCUGAGGACAAAAGAACACAUUCUACAGUUUUCGAUAUAGAAGAUAUUGAAAGUGAUACCAGCACCAUAUCAGCAAGUGAAGUUAAUAGUAAUGACUGCAACACUCCAACACCACCACUUCUUUACAAACUUAGGAAAGCUCGGGUGAUGAUAAAAAAAUUACCGCGUCACAUUUUAGAAAAAUAUGAUUUAAAGAGUAACAAAUCGUCUAUAAGCCCAUCAACAAAACCUGCAAGAGCAUCAAAGCGUAUGGGAGCUAAAUCAGUCCCCGGUUUAUACUUAUCUUUGCAUGUUAAUAAACCUCUAAAUGAAGUAAUGAAUAAGAAAAAAAGACGUAGCAGAUAUUUAUUAAAUGCUUCAAGAUCGCUCAAACAAAAACAUAUAACUCGUGAUAAAAAAUCUGUGCGUUUUUCCCAAAAAUCGUACGGUUCUUCAAGAACAUCUGCUGUUGAAUACAGUAGAAGAAAGAAUAAUGUUGCUGCAAAACCAUCAAUUUUAAUAAAUAGUUCUACAUCGGCACGUUCUUCGUCCAGUUGUCGUAAUUUACAUGAAAGAAAUGAUGACACAAUAAAAAUAAACAAAGACUCACAAUUCAUUAAACCCGUUGCAUCCAUAAAUCAUGCCGCCUUGAGCAGCUCUUCUUCCAAUCGGCGCAGUUUGCAUGAUAGAAUUGCAGCCACUAGACAAAUAAACAAUGACUAUCAUCUCAACAAACCAGUAGCAUCGAUAUUACCCAAUUUUCCAGAUGUUGUGAUAACUAAAUAUGACGUGUCAACUAACAAUUUCUCAACCACUACUGAAAAUUCACCAAUGGUUUCAUUGUCAAAUCCUAUAUCAUCUUUUGACUAUAAUCAACCAGUUAAUAUGGCUUCUCGUGUAGUGCCACCAUUUCAUAAUUCCACAACGUUGUCUACUAGACCUCAACAUAAUAUAACUAUACAAGUUCCCAAGUCAUACGCUCCUACAAUUCCAAAUUUCACUCAGGCCCAAAGCUGCCAGUCAAUGAAUGCUUUUCCUACAGUAAUUAUGUCUGCACCCCGUCAUCUGCCAAUGAUUGUUAAUUCAGCUGCAACUGUGGCAAGCUCAAACCAUCAAUCAAAAGAUCUAUUACAACAUCAGCCAACGAUGGCCAGGCACAAAACAAUUGCUGUUCAAACUUCUACAGUAACGCCAGAAAAAACUACACAAAAUGAUGCCGUUAUAAUGAAUUCCCCAAAAGUAUUGGUUAUUAAACAGCCAUUUAAAAGGAGCGAUCCUUUAAAUAUGCCAGGCUCUACGGCAAGAGCUCAAAAUACAUCCGAAAGUCAACAAGAAGAAAAUGAACAUUUUGCAGAUAGUGAAAUGGAGAGCUGUGCUGAAUCCGAUUCAGACUUUGAGGUAUCAGAUAGGGAAAAACGAACAGAGCCGGAAGUGAUAAAGAGAAUUAUAUAUCACACUAAAUCGGCACAAACCAAGUUCACUUGCAAUGGCACUAUUUGCGGUUUAGUAGACUCAGAUGAAUUUAACUUGAAUUGUUUUUAUUGUUAUGAGAUAUUUCCACUGCACAAGUGGCUGGACUUUAAGGAACAUAUUAAAAUUGUACAUCAUGUAGAAGAGAAGGAAAAUGAAUCAGACUCAACUGAAGAUGUCAUUGAAAAUUCACAAUCACAACAAUGUGACACAGCAAACACAACAGGUCAAGAGAAUAGUAAAACCAAAACACCAAAUCUUUCUACGAAACCUCUAAGAAAAAGUGUUACUCUAAUAAACAAAGACAAUUCCGUCAAUGAACAGGUCUAUAAAAAACUACCACUUGAACCUAGACUGGUUGCUCAACGUCUCAAUAAAAUGGCCACAGACAUUGCAAAAGAUUUAUCGUCCAGCCAAAAGAGUCCAGUUAAACCCAUUAAACAAUUAAAUCAAUCUCAAGACUCAAAUCAAACAUCUAAGAAGCAGCUGUCAAAGGAUUAUGUUGAUGAUAUCAUAAGUUUAGAUAGCGAUGACGGCGAUGAUAUCGAACAUGUUGAUGAUGUCACAGAAAAUGUGGCGAUAAAUCAGCCAAGAUUUAUUAAAACGCCAAACAGUAGAUCUCUUUUGAAAAAGAACAAUACUAAUAAUAAUAGUUCACUGCUUGAUGAAGUAGCAAAACUUAUUCCGCCACAUAUAACAAUUAAAAAAGUCCAAACAAAUAUCUCUAAAGAAACGGCAAAUACAACCAAAUCAGCCACUGAAAUAACGGAUUCACUUAAGGAGCCCUUUAUUAAAUUGCCUUCUAAUUUAAAUAUACAAAGAGUGAUUAAAUAUAUACCCAAACCAACAGCAGAACAGUUAACAGCAAACCAAAGUACAAGACCGAGAUAUUUUGUUGUGAAAAAAAUUGUAAAACCAGCAACCAGCCAGAUGAAACCAAAUAUAAAUAUAUCGAAGGGUACGAUUAUAACGAAAAUGUCGGAAUCGAUCAAGAGUAAGAUUGACAAUGAUGAUAUGCUUUCGAAUGAUGAAAAUGAAGAUGCGUUACCAACACCAACGAAUGGUUGUGGUAUUUUAUUCGGUUUAACAAACCCCAUGGUUGUCAUAGAAUUUCUUUUGAAGCUCAAAACCUUCCCCGAAUUGUGGCGUCCACAAUUAAAAACUAAUUAUGCUAUUAACUGCGAUGAAAGUAUUAAGAAACUAUGUUUUCAUCUCAAUAAUCGUUUCGAUUUGAAUAUCCAAGAUUUCGAAAUGCGCCGCAGUAUACAACGUGUAAAAGAUUGGUAUUGCCGCAUACUAAAGAAAAUCUAUGAACACAAUCAAAAUCUCAAUAAUACGGAACCCUAUAAGCACAAGUUUCCGCUGUAUUUUAAAAUACUAAAUCAGUUCUUAACAUCCGACAUCCAGUUUACCAAUAAUCAAUUAAGUUUCAAGCCCGAUACGUUAGACAUUAAUAAAUAUCCCAAAUUGAUGGAAACUGAAGCAGCUAAACCAAAUGCAUUUCAUUUGGAUGAGAAAGUCGCACAAAAGACAGCAGAAGAUAUAAAAAAUAAAUCGUUUACAACUCCGACAGCACCAUCGAGCACCCCUGUCGAAACUCCAUCAACCAUAGAUGUUGAAUCUUCAGAAUUGAAUAUGGAAAAUCUUAUUGAAUUUGAUGCCGAUACUCUAUACGACGAUGAAAGUAGCGAUGAGGAGAUUCUAGAGCAAUUCGAUGAAACGAAACUGUCAAAUAAAAAACUCAAUGAAAUUGAUGCGCCCAAGAAAAUCCGAACAAAGAUCUAUUUGGGAAAUUAUGAAUGUGAUGUGUGUCAGAAAUCGUACAAACGUAGCUGUGACUUAAAACGUCAUAAAAUUCAUCACUUCCCACCGGAAUUUGAAUGUGGCGUGUGUUCUCAAAAGUUCUAUUUCAAGCAUUGGGCCGAAAAAUGUAAACACUUAAAAAUGAAGCAAUAUGUUAAGAAACCAUAUAUAAAACAAGAUAGUAAUGGAGUUGAGAUAGUAAUGCCCAAAAAAAUAUGGCCAAAAAAAGUAUUUAAAUUUAAAUUGAUUUGCGAAAUUUGCGGUGCUUCAUACAAACAGAUUGGCUCAUUGAAUUGCCACAAACGAGACAAACACUUAAAUCAACGGCUGAAGUGUGUAGUUUGUAAUUUUACAGCCCUCACCAAUUAUCGGAUAGUACAGCAUCAGAAAAAACGCCAUAUCGUGGAACCAGGCACAGUGGAGCAAGUUGCUAAGAGAAGCAGAGCUCGAAUGGACACCAAAACUCGCUUUUCCACCGAAGCUAGACAAGAAUUUGACUGGCGUCGUGAAAUGCGAAAAAAACUGAAGCCGGGCGAAAAAUUUUAUGCCUGCUGUAAAUGCAGAAUUAUCUUUAAUACACGCAAGGAAAAGGUGCUGCACAACAAAAUUGAACAUCCCAUAAAAGAAACUACUGUUCUGUGUCUUUUGUGCUUGCCCACCAAAUUUCUAUUAUCGAACUCAAACUCUGCACGUCGACAUUACACUGAUAUCCAUAAAGUACCUUGGGAUGAAAUUGACGCAUUGGUCAAACGCACCAAACCCAUUUUCAAUAUACUGAGCAAAGAGGAAAUCGAACUCUUAAAUGCCAGCGAAAACUACAAAGAACUCCUGGAAGAGUUAAUUAAGGAUAGAGAACUGGAGCCGGUGGAUAAAAUAAAGACUCAAGAAGACGAAGCAGAUCAAGCGGUACAGAAUUUACCAAAUGUGACAGAAAUCGACGUAGGCAUCCAAAAAAUGGAAAUGGAAUAUACGCAAGAGGAAAAUGUAUUUGUUGAUGGCAUCAUAGACCAUGACUACAACAACGAGGAGGUGUAUAAAGAACACGAGUAUGCCAACACCAAUGAACACGACUACAGUGAGGAACAAACAACUAUUGAUAAUUAUGAUGUCUAUGAAGAGGGUAACGAUCUAAGUAAUGGUCAGGUGUAUGCUAAUCGUAGUGAUGUUGAGGGAGUCGAGCAUUUAGCCUAUAAUAUUGAAUGUACUGAAAAUGUAAUUCAUCAACGGGAACAGGAUGAACAAGAAUACCUACAAAGUAUUGUUGAAGAUUUUGCCGAAGGGGAAUUGGUGGACGGCCAGUUGGUCGAAGAGUGCAUUGUGGUGGAAGAAUGUAUAGAUGAUGUUGUUGAUGAAUAUGAAUAUUUUUAACAAUCUGAAUUCAUUUAAACAUAUUUAUACAUUCGCACUCGUUCAACAAUACUGUAUAACUCAAAAUUUUUAAAAAUUCACUUUUUGCAAGAAAUCAACUAGCAACAUCAAUCUAUCUACUGUAAAAAGUUCAACGUAUUUCGAUACUCUUUCACCUUGAAAACCACAUUUGAGACCAUUUUCGUGAUAAUUAGUGACUACUUGAAUGAGUGCGAUAUGUUAAAAUAUAAAAUGUAAUGUUUUUUUUCUAUGAAAUAAGAAUGUGAAUUUAUAAAAUAUAAAUCUCAAUAAAAUUGUUGAUUUUUAAAAUGUAUCUAUCUACAAGGUGAAAAACAGUA